AUGAUACUGUGGCUACACAGGGCCGUCCUGGUACCUCGUCUGGCCUACGCCGCGUUGAUCAGGUGGUCAAGGGCGGAGCUGGCGGGUGCCAGGGCAGCGUUAGAGAAACUCAGGGGACAGGUGCUAAGGGGGGCGACAGGGGCCUAUAGGACCACGCCUAGCAAGGCACUUGGAAUCCUUGUGAAGGUGGAAUCAUUCCAUCUUUCUAUCAUUGGGAUGGCUGCUAAGGCAGCGCACAGACUCAACGCGUAUGGACAAUGGACACAAGGCACGAGGCACACCCGCCUCCCGGGUGGGGUGGAUCUCUUGCCGGAAUUUUCCAUCAAAACUGAUAUGAUGAUCCCUCGCUACUUCUUUGGAAGAAGAUGCGGGGUCGUGAUACCGACAAGAGAAGAAUGGAAGGCCCGCAGCAACAGUCUACCAGGAACUGGCGACGUCUGGUACACAGAUGGCUCUAGGGCAGAGACUGACACUGGUUCGGGGUACUUCUGCCAAAGGGAUGGAAGGGGAAUCUUCUUUUCCCUGUGGCGGUAUGCUACGGUCUUCCAGACCGAGAUAUACGCUAUACUGACCUGCGCUCAGAGGAACAUUGAACUCGGCGCAAGGGAUAGAAUUAUCACCAUUUGCUCAGACAGUCAGGCGGCACUUAGAGCACUUAGGGCUCAUAGGACGACCUCCAGACUGGUCUGGGAAUACAAAGAGGUUGUAAAUAACAACAAGGUCAGGCUGCUCUGGGUCCCAGGGCACACCGGGAUCAGGGGUAACGAAAUAGCAGAUAGACUUGCAGCUUUGGGAGCUAAACACCCUCCAAUCGGGCUGGAGCCCUACACAGGUGCCGCAAGGUGCCUGCUAACGGGCGAAAUCCGGGACUGGGUUGAGAGGGAGCAUACUAGGGAAUGGCAAGGAACUCAAGGAUGCAGACAAGCCAAAGCGUUAAUGGGACAGGACACCAAUGUCGGCUGGACCAACUGCAUCGCAGGAUGCAGCAGAAAUAACACCCGUCUCCUGACACAGAUAGUGACCGGGCAUAAGCGCUUAAGGUACCACAGUUUGAAGAUUGGGAAGGAGGCUAUGGGUAUAUGCAGGCGGUGCGAGGGGGCGGAAGAAACGCCAACCCAUGUACUGACUGUUUGCCCAAAAUUUGCGCAGCUCAGACAUCAGUGCUUGGGGGAGCUUUUCCCCACGUAUGAAGAGAUUAGGGCACUCGAAGCGGGAGCCGCAUUGACCUUCUGGAGAAGGGCAGGCUUACCUGCAUAG